GGAUGGGUCGUCCGGAGGGAGGGAAGCUGGGGUCUGGGUACCUGGCCCGGAUGGAUCCUCCCAGGCCCUGACCAACCUGGAGGAGAGGGCGUAGGUUAGGAUCAGUCGUCAGAUAUGCCCUUCCCCUUGCAAAUAUCAAAUCGAGAAGGAACUCAGGGUGUGUCUUGUAAGGCCUAGCUCUCCAGCGGACUUAGAUCUCCCGCCCUGCCCCCAGCGUCCAGGCUGUCGUCUGCCAAACCAUCCUCCAAGGACCAGGUGCCCGGAGUCCCACCCCCAGGCCCUGACCCCACUGUAGCCCCAGCCUCCACAAGACCCCCCCCCCCCCCCACACACACACACACAUACACUCACUCUGGGGCCUCUGAAGCGCCACCCCUCCAGCCUUCUCCCCUCCCCCACCCCAUUUGUCUCUUCCUGAUGAUUCUGUCGGAGAGGGGGUGUCUCCCCACUCCUGCUGGUUCCUCUCACGAGGUCUGGAGUCUCCCUCUGCUCGGUUCUGCUCUACUCUCCCAUCUCAGUCUAGCCCUUUCCCCUCACCUCUUCAUCUUUCCCGGGUACCGCAACCCAGCUCCGCAGCCCUCUCCCGCCUUAUUCUCCUCAUCCUGGGUCAAUGUGGGCCUUCUGCCGUGACCUUGUUCUCUGCCUUCCCAGCACAGACUCCCCCUCCCCCCGGCCUCUCAGGCCGGGGGUGACCUUGCCCCCUGGAGCCCUCAACAUGAAUACCAAGGACACCACCGAGGUUGCUGAGAACAGCCACCACCUGAAGAUCUUUCUCCCCAAGAAGCUGCUGGAGUGUCUUCCUCGCUGUCCACUGCUGCCUCCAGAGCGGCUUCGCUGGAAUACAAAUGAGGAAAUUGCGUCCUAUUUGAUCACCUUUGAGAAGCAUGACGAGUGGCUGUCCUGUGCCCCAAAGACAAGGCCUCAGAACGGCUCCAUUAUCCUCUACAACCGCAAGAAGGUGAAGUACCGGAAGGAUGGUUACCUCUGGAAGAAGCGCAAGGACGGGAAGACCACCCGCGAGGACCACAUGAAGCUGAAAGUCCAGGGCAUGGAGUGUCUCUAUGGCUGCUACGUUCACUCUUCCAUCGUCCCCACAUUCCAUCGGCGCUGUUACUGGCUGCUCCAGAACCCUGACAUCGUGCUUGUGCACUACCUGAACGUCCCAGCCCUGGAGGACUGCGGAAAGGGCUGCAGCCCCAUGUUUUGCUCCAUCAGCGGCGACCGUCGCGAGUGGCUGAAGUGGCCCCGGGAGGAGCUGCUGGGGCAGCUGAAGCCCAUGUUUCACGGCAUCAAGUGGAGCUGUGGGAACGGCACAGAGGAGUUCUCCGUAGAGCAGCUGGUGCAGCAGAUCCUGGACAGCCACCCGACCAAGCCCGCACCCCGAACCCACGCCUGCCUCUGCAGUGGAGGCCUCGGUUCCGGGAGCCUCACCCACAAAUGCAGCAGCACGAAACACCGCAUCAUCUCUCCCAAAGUGGAGCCCCGAGCUUUAACCCUGACCUCUGUCUCCCACCCCCACCCCCCUGAGCCUCCUCCGCUGAUCGCCCCUCUUCCCCCAGAGCUCCCCAAGGCACAUACUUCCCCUUCUUCUUCCUCCUCCUCUUCCUCCUCUUCCUCAGGCUUUGCGGAACCCCUAGAGAUCAGACCUAGCCCACCCACCUCUCGAGGGGCGUCAUCCAGAGGAGGCACCGCAAUCCUCCUCCUGACGGGACUGGAGCAGCGCACUGGGGGCUUGACGCCCACCAGGCACUUGGCCCCCCAGGCUGACCCCAGGCCUUCCGUGAGCUUGGCUGUGGUUGUAGGAUCCGAGCCCCCUGCCCCACCAGCUCCUCCCAGCCCUGCUUUCGACCCCGAUCGUUUUCUCAACAGCCCCCAGAGGGGCCAGACAUACGGAGGGGGCCAGGGGGUGAGCCCGGACUUCCCCGAGGCAGAGGCCGCCCACACCCCCUGCCCUGCCCUAGAACCCGCUGCUGCCCUGGAGCCCCAGGCGGCUGCUCGGGGUCCCCCUCCACCGCCAGGGGCAGGUGGGAGAAGAGGAAACCGUUUCUUUAUUCAAGAUGACGGUAGCGGGGAGGAGCUCAAGGCCCAGGGGGCUGCCCCCCCCGCACCUUCACCCCCUCCCUCGCCCCCACCUUCACCUGCCCCCUUGGAGCCAGCAGGCAGGGGAGGCAGAGGGGAGGCCUUGUUUGGAGGAGCUGCUGGGGCCAGCGAACUGGAGCCCUUCGGUCUCUCGUCAUUCCCUGACCUCAUGGGAGAGCUCAUCAGCGACGAGGCUCCAGGCGCCCCUGCCCCGGCUGCCCCGCUCUCUCCUGCUCUUAGCAGCAUCACGGACUUCUCCCCAGAGUGGUCCUACCCGGAGGGUGGGGUCAAGGUGCUCAUCACAGGUCCCUGGACUGAGGCCGCCGAGCAUUACUCCUGUGUCUUUGAUCACAUCGCGGUGCCAGGCUCACUCGUCCAGCCUGGCGUCUUGCGCUGCUACUGUCCUGCCCAUGAGGUGGGGCUGGUGUCUUUGCAGGUGGCGGGGCGGGAGGGGCCCCUUUCCGCCUCUGUGCUCUUUGAGUAUCGAGCCCGCCGAUUCCUGUCACUGCCUAGUACUCAGCUUGACUGGUUGUCUCUGGACGACAACCAGUUCCGGAUGUCCAUCCUGGAGCGGCUGGAGCAGAUGGAGAAACGGAUGGCCGACCUGGCAGCAGCCGGGCAGGCUCCCUGCCGCAGUCCUGCCGUGCCUCCGAUUCAGGACGAAGGCCAGGGACCCGGGUUCGAGGCCCGUGUGGUGGUGUUGGUAGAGAGCAUGAUCCCUCGCUCCACCUGGAGGGGUCCUGAACGUCUGGCCCACGGAAGCCCCUUCCGGGGCAUGAGCCUCCUGCACCUGGCUGCCGCCCAGGGCUACGCCCGUCUCAUCGAGACCCUGAGCCAGUGGCGGAGCGUGGGGACAGGGAGCCUGGACUUAGAGCAAGAGGCUGACCCGCUCAACGUGGACCACUUCUCUUGCACCCCGCUGAUGUGGGCCUGUGCCCUGGGACACCUGGAAGCCGCCGUGCUCCUCUUCCGCUGGAACAGACAGGCGCUGAGCAUUCCCGACUCACUGGGCCGGCUGCCUCUGUCCGUGGCACAGUCCCGGGGCCACGUGCGCCUCGCCCGCUGCCUGGAAGAGCUGCAGAGACAGGAAGCUUCGCUGGAGCCCCCACUUGCCCUGUCGCCCCCCUCCUCCAGCCCAGACACUGGGCUGAGCGGGGUCUCGUCGCCCUCAGAGCUGUCGGAUGGCACAUUCUCUGUCACAUCAGCUUAUUCGAGCGCCCCGGACGGUAGUCCUCCCCCCGCUCCUCUGCCGGCCUCAGAGAUUCCGAUGGAAGAGACUGUUCCAGGCCAACUCUCCACUGGGGCCCCUGAGGCCCCCCUAUUCCUCAUGGACUGUGAAACCACCAACUCCCAAAGGCCAGCACCCUCACCGCCUCCUCUCCCACCAACCACCGAAGGGGGGACUGCUCCUGAGGAAGCAGACGGCCCACUGGCCGUGGACGUGAUCCCGGUGGACAUGAUCUCACUGGCCAAGCAGAUCAUUGAAGCCACACCAGAGCGGAUUAAACGAGAGGACUUCGCGGGGCUGCCCGAGGCUGGAGCACCAAUGAGGGAGCGGACAGGGGCUCUGGGGCUCAGCGAGACCAUGUCCUGGCUGGCCAGCUACCUGGAGAACGUGGACCAUUUCCCCAGCUCAGCCCCGCCCAGCGAACUGCCCUUCGAGCGUGGUCGCCUGGCCGUCCCUCCCGCCCCUUCCUGGGCAGAGUUUCUGUCCGCUUCUGCCAGCGGCAAGAUGGAGAGCGACUUCGCCCUGCUAACGCUGUCGGAUCACGAGCAGCGGGAGCUGUACGAGGCGGCUCGAGUCAUCCAGACGGCCUUCCGGAAGUACAAGGGCCGGAGGCUGAAGGAGCAGCAGGAGGUGGCGGCUGCAGUGAUCCAGCGCUGCUACCGGAAGUACAAGCAGCUGACCUGGAUCGCGCUCAAGUUUGCGCUGUACAAGAAGAUGACCCAGGCGGCCAUCCUGAUCCAGAGCAAGUUCCGGAGCUACUAUGAGCAGAAGCGGUUUCAGCAGAGCCGCCGGGCGGCCGUGCUCAUCCAGCAGCACUACCGCUCCUACCGCCGCCGGCCCGCAGGCAGCCUGCCCGCCCGCACCAGGUACGGCCCGCGGACCCCCUCCCCGCCUUCCCCUGCCUCCCCUGCCAGGCAGGGGCUCCUUUCUCACCAAGAAGCAGGACCAGGCAGCCAGGAAGAUCAUGAGAUUCCUGCGGCGCUGCCGGCACAGGAUGAGGGAACUGAAGCAGAACCAGGAGCUGGAAGGGCUCCCCCAGCCCGGACUGGCCACCUGACCGCCGCGCCGCCUUCCUCACCGCCCCGGGGGCCGCUCCUGGCAGUCUUAACCGAGGCCGGGCCCUCGGCGGGAGGGGAGCCCCCGUCGGCCGCCGUCCCGCUAAGCGGCGGCCGGAACCCUCCCGGGGCCCCCCCGCCCCGCCCCGCCCCGCCCCGCUCCGCUGGGGCGCGCCCCGUCUCUCGGCAUCCCCACCCCACCCCCCCGGGCCCGCGCCCCACCUCCCCGCAUCUUCAGCCGCGACCUCCGGAGCCCCGCCUGCCCCUGCUCCACGUUUCCCCGCUGCCUGCACCCGCCCCGGCCCCCUCCCGACUUGCCUUAUUUAUUUGUUGGACGCGUCUCUGAAUGUAUCCGCCUCGGUCCCGCCCCCGCCGCGCGCCCCCGCCCGACUCCGCAUGCCGGCGCGCGUCCCCGUCCCGGGCCGCCCCGCCCCCGAGGGGAGGGGCCUGUACAUACUGUAACAUACAGAGCAGAGUGAAGAGUCUAUUUACGGCGCCGCGGGGAGGGCGGCGCGGCGGGGGCCCCCGGCCGGCUCCACGAGCACUUUCUACUUGUGCAUGGGCUUGGUUUCUACGAGUUACCAUUAAACAUCGCUGCACCAGCCA